CUUUUUCUUCUCUAUCUCUGAUCUCUCUCUCUUUAAGAAGCUCAUCAAUAGUUGGUCUCUCUCUCUCUCCCCUUUUUCUUCUCUAUCUCUGAUCUCUCUCUCUCUCUUUAAGAAGCUAAUCAAUAGUUGGUCUUUAUAUCUCUCUGUCAACCCAACUGAAUGAAAAAUUCGAUAUUUCGAGCUGAAGUGUGAAUCAUAUCCCAACUCAAGGUGGAAGAACUUCACACAAACUCGUUCUGGAAAUUGUGAACGAACUAGUCCAAAGAUCGAGUUAAGAAGAGACGAGUGCUAGAGCUAUGGGAAAUGAGACGUACAACCGCUUUAACUAUCACCACCACCACUACCACCACCACCACCACCACCACUAUCACCCUCAACUGCAAAUUAACCAUAGAGGCACAUUCUUGCCCAUGUUAUGUUCAAGACCAUCAAUCAAAGACGUCCAGGUUCCAAGUAAUGCUUCCUUCUCCUCUGACUCUGUGUCUCCAAGAAUCAGUUGUAUGGGCCAAGUUAAGAGAAGCAACAAAGUUUCUGGCUUUCCAAUCACUUCCCAAACGAUCAACAGCAGCAACAAUAUCAAGUAUUCUAAGCUCAAGAAACUCUUCUCCGGCAAGAACCUCACCCCCGCCACUCCAACUAAAACCACCGCUACCGCCAAUUCCACUGCUGCCACUGCCACCAGCUGUCCGAGCAGAAGCAGGAGACCACCAGUGAGUAAUGCCAAACAAGGACGUCAUUGUGUUACAACAACAAUCAACUUAGUUGAUCUGGAUCCUCCUCUACCUGUGAUCAAGAGAGUGCCGAAAUCUCCCCAACAAGGAGAGGAGGAGAGCCUUUGGAAGAGAAGAUCUGGUGGGGCUGUACUCAAAGGUUUGCAGGUGAAACAAGUUAGCCUUCCUAGUCAUCAAACUCAAUCUACAAGUGUAUGAUUUUAAUGAAUAGAAGAAACCCUUCAAGGGGAUUAAGGUGAAAACAAGGUGUUGUAAAUGUCAUUUUCUUUUCGAUCCAAAUUUGGAUAUUGUUUGCUUCAA